AUGUGGCGGGAGGGCACGUGCUUCCCUUAUGGUGGAGCGCCGGGCAACACCGCAUGUUCUGCCACAUCCACAUUCAAUAAGGGAAAACGCCUUUGCUAUUGCUUGACUUCGCUGAUCCAGAUCGAACAAGAUGAGCCGGAGGGGUUUCAACUUGUGCAAGUUUCUGACGAUAGCUCGAGCAUGGAUGCGGCGGUCUUCUCCAAGGUCAUCCAAAUGAAUGGCCCCAGCUUGGACAUUUAUCGCUUUGGUGGAUGUGUUUCCAGUGUGAUUGGUCCGGCCACUGACCGGGUGUAUUGGGGCGCAGUGAACCCGGAUCCUUUCAACCCAACAGUUCGUUGGAGGGAGCUGGAUCCUUCCCCAGUUCCUUUCGCAGGACACACUGUGACAAUGACAGCGGGGACCAUCGAUCGCCAGAGGUUCUUGGUGCUGGGUGGCGUGAACUCCUGCGACGAUUCUGCUACCUACAUGAGCUUUCUGUGGAUAUGGAGUAUUGGGAAAGAUGGAAAUGAUGGAACAUGGGAUAAAUUGCCUCCCAUUCCAGAUCCUUGCGGGCUUGCGUUUCACUCAGCGAACUCUUUCAGUGGCCGGAUGAUGGUCUUUGGUGGUCGUCGUGGUACAUCUGGGUCAGGGUGCGAUUCCAACAAAAGAGUUUCGAGCACUCUUUGGCUCUUCGACAUUUAUGAGAAUACCUGGACGGAGAGGGCAACAACCGGCGAUGCAUACGGCGUGUGGGGCCAUGCGAGCGAAUAUUACUGGGAUAGUCGGCAAUGGGAAGGACUUUUCCUCCAUGGCGGGCGCCUGCAAGACGGAUCCAUCGAUAAGAAGUUGCGGUGGAUCUCAGCCUCGGCCGGCAGCCGCGAUCCGGUGGACUUUCAGACGAUUUCAGACACGGGGCCACAGCGGAUGUUUCACACGUUGCUGACUUUUCGGGACGACGGCGGUGAUCCUCCCGAUUUUGUUGAGCGCUUGAAGGUGAUGGGAGGGGUGCGUUCAACAGGACCUGAUUGGCGGAUUCCUGAGUUUGCCUACGAUGAGACCUGGACCAUUGGCCCCGAAGGUCACAGAAGUUCGGAGUGGAAUUGGGAUCAGAGUAACUUCAGCUAUCCCGAUGCAAACGGUGUGUGGGGACAAGCAGGCUUGGACUGGGGCAGUAGCAGCAUAUUGCAACUUGGAGGUUGCCGUGGAACCACUUGUGACCUCACCAACGACCUCUAUUUGUACAAGAACGCAGGUCAAACCGCUCCAGUCUUUUUGUGGCUGCUGGGUGUCGUGCUUUUGAUGUACGCAGACCAAGCUUGCUGA